GCGUCCGGCGUCCCCUCUCGGCCCGCCUCUUUCGCUCCGGAGCGGUCCCGCGCGGCAGCGAGCGGCAUGGCCUGUCACCGGGCUGCGAGUUCUGGCCUGCGCGGCCGCUGAGGAACAACUAUCUCCGGGCCUGAGGGCCUGGGCUCCGAGGAGCAUGGAUCCCCCUCUGGCCGCCUGGGACCUCUCCUCGCCUCUGCUGUCCUUGUGGAUGCACAGGUUUUACCUUUAUUUGGGCUUUGCUUUCGGCAUCAGCCUUUGGAUCUGUGUCCAGAUUCUCAUCAAGAAGCAGGGCAAAAGUUCACAGGAGAGAUCUAUUCCAGAAGCAGCUCAGGAUCUGAUGACAAAUGAUUAUGCCUCCCUUCCAAAGAAGCACAUCUUUGUAUCUGGAGUGAAGAUUUUCUAUGGUUCCCAGACUGGUACAGCAAAGGGAUUUGCGACAAUUCUCGCCAAAGCAGUGACCUCCCUAGAUCUGCCAGUGGCAGUUAUUAAUCUGAAAGAAUAUGAUCCGGAUGAUCAUCUGGUAGAAGAGAUCACUAGUAAGAGCGUCUGUGCCUUCCUGCUUGCAACGUAUACUGACGGCAGACCCACGGAGAGUGCAGAGUGGUUCUGCAAAUGGUUACAAGAGGCGUCCAGUGAUUUUCGAUUUGGCAGAACUUACCUGAAGGGUAUGAGAUACGCUGUGUUUGGCCUGGGGAAUUCUGCCUAUGCAAGCCACUUCAACAAGGUUGGCAAGAAUGUUGAUAAGUGGCUCUGGAUGCUUGGUGCUCGUCGUGUGCUGGCUCGAGGAGACGGGGACUGUGAUGCAGUUAGAAGCAAACAUGGCAGCAUCGAGGCUGACUUCAGAGCCUGGAAAACCAGGUUCAUUUCCCGGUUGCAGGCUCUUCAGAAAGGAGAGACGUCCUGUGGGGGCAACUGCAGGAGAGGCAAGUGCGAAUCCAAGCAGCAUGGCACAGAGGAUAAGGAGCCAGAGCCUCACUCCCUGGCUGCCCAACAGCCCAGGGACACUGAGGAGGAAGAGCCUUGUGAGAGCAGCAGUGAGGAAGAGUUUGGUGCUGGCGAACAUCAGGGCCCGAAUUCUGUUGUUGAUGUUGAGGAUCUUGGAAAAGUGAUGGAUCUUAUGAAGAAAGAAAAGAGAGAAGAGGAGCAGCAGGAAGAGAAAGUUCUGUUCGGGAGCAGAGAGAAGAAGGAAGGCCGUGAAGGGAGAGCCAUGCUCACGCCUGCUCUCCGGGAGGCCCUUACCAAGCAAGGUUAUCAAUUGAUUGGGAGCCAUUCCGGGGUGAAACUUUGCAGGUGGACAAAGUCAAUGCUCCGGGGGAGAGGAGGCUGCUACAAACACACUUUCUAUGGCAUCGAGAGCCACCGCUGCAUGGAGGCCACCCCGAGUCUGGCAUGUGCAAACAAGUGUGUCUUCUGUUGGCGGCACCACACCAACCCUGUGGGCACCGAGUGGCGGUGGAAGAUGGACCAGCCUGAAAUGAUCUUGGAGGGCGCUGUGGAAAACCACCUGGACAUGAUGAAGCAGUUCAGAGGAGUACCAGGUGUCAAAGCAGAGCGGUUUGAAGAAGGAAUGAAGGUUAAGCACUGUGCACUGUCCCUCGUGGGAGAACCGAUAAUGUACCCUGAGAUCAAUAGGUUUUUGCAGCUACUCCACCAGCGCAAAAUCUCCAGUUUCCUCGUCACAAACGCACAGUUCCCCGAAGAAAUCAGAAAGCUCAAGCCGGUCACUCAGCUGUAUGUCAGUGUGGACGCCAGCACCAAAGACAGCCUGAGGAAAAUCGACCGCCCGCUCUUCAAGGACUUCUGGACCAGGUUCCUGGAUAGUUUAAAAGCCUUAGCAGAGAAGCAGCAGCGCACUGUCUACCGGCUGACGCUUGUGAAGUCUUGGAAUGUGGAUGAACUCCAGGCCUAUGCCGAGCUCGUGUCCCUGGGGAGCCCUGACUUUAUUGAAGUGAAGGGUGUCACCUACUGUGGAGAGAGCGCGGCCAGCAGUCUCACCAUGGCCAACGUGCCCUGGCACGAGGAGGUGGUACGCUUCGUCCGUGAGUUGGUGGGUCUGAUCCCCGACUACGAGAUUGCCUGUGAGCACGAGCACUCCAACUGCCUCCUGGUAGCGCACAGACGGUUUAAGAUCGAGGGAGAAUGGUGGACGUGGAUCGACUACGGCCGCUUCCAGGAGCUCGUCCAGGAGUACGAAGAUAGCGGUGGGUCAAAGUCCUUCAGUGCAGAGGACUACAUGGCCAAAACCCCUCCCUGGGCUUUAUUCGGUGCCAGGGAAAGAGGCUUUGAUCCCAAGGACACAAGACAUCAGAGAAAGAACAAAUCCAAGGACGUUUCUGGAUGUUGAGCUUAUCUGAAUUCAGGAUGCGGGAGGACAGAAGCGAGGCAGCCCCCAGGUCCUCGACCCUGCAGAUCUCGUCUCCCCCAUGGCUGUCCUGUGGGGCUGGAGACGGCCACACACUUGGUGCCUUGGAGCAGCUCCCCACUUCUUGCCUGGACUCUGUCCCUCCCCGCUGUAUUUCUGAGAGGAGGUUGUUUGGGGAGGAGGGCAGGGAAGAGCCAUGACUAGGAUUUAACUAGUGUUUUUGAAUCAGUCUUUGCGAGACGUCCGGAGUGUCACUCAUGGGAGCCUUGUGCAGCGUGGACACUGGCCCCACCUUGGGCCCUGGGCUUCUUGUGCGGUGGCCCCUGGUUACGGAGAUUGGCUCCAGCCCUUCUCACAGCCUGCGAAGCCUGCCAGCUGUCAGUUUGCAGAUCUCUAAGUACUGCAUUGAUUACAUCACUAUGCACCACUGGAGCUUUAGGAAGCUCUUCUGGACCGCACUCUGCCAGUCCCCAGUCCCACCGUCACCAUGGGACACGGUACACAGCCACACGGAGCAGACGCGUUCUCUUGCCAGAGGGGUGCCUCCCAAGGGCCCUGGGCCAUCUGCCUCCCCUGCACCCUGGGCUCCUGCUUGGCAAGGCUGCUGCCUGGGCCUCCUCUUGCCACUGGGGUCCCCCCGUACUCUGUGGCCCUCGCUGAGUCACACAGUCUGUUCUUGAAGGCUCAGGCUUUCUCUAAUGGAAAACAACACACUCAAUAUUUUUUUUUUCAAGUUGUCAAAGUUAUUUUAAAAUUCUUUUAUCUAAAAAUAAAUGAAAUGAUCUUUUCUGAAGACUUGGAGCACGAAUACUCUCAUGUGCCCAGUGUAAGGACUUUCUGGUCCUCCAGGUUCUGAGCCCUGCCAGACCCACCUCCUCAGGCAGCAGCUAUUCUGUGAGGCCCUCUGCUCUGGGCUGAAGUUAGAUUCAUAGGUGACGCAACCUUCCUGCCUGCUUAGUUGAAAAACGGUACCGUGUUUAUUUCUAAGUGGCAAGAGUCAAAUACCUCUCCCUUGUGACGUGGGACGGUGAAUAUGGGAGAACCAACUCUCUCUCUCUUGUCUCUCUCUCUCUCGUUCUUCCACUGUCUGCUUCACUUCUGAGACUAGACGUGUGGGGGCUUUCCCCAAUGACCGAUGCGCGGCUGUGACCUGGGGUUGGCUCAGUUCUGACACUGACUACAGGUGGCACACAGCCCCCGGGUUAGGGGCUUGGUCCUGACAGCAGUUGGUUAGUGGGUCACUGAAGCUGCAAGUGGGGGUCCCCUCAGCUCCCCUCCUGGGCCUGGUAAGUUGCUCAACAGGCUCUCAGAAUCCGGGAUGACCAUGUGCAGACUGUGAUUUGCAGGGAAGGUGGAGGUGGGCACCACCCUCUCCUCUCCCACCAAUCUGGAAGCCCCACAGAACCCACAGUUGGUAGUCUUAAGCAGCUCUGUCACUAGGCACCAUGCAUCUCCAGUUCCUUGCCCCUGCUGGAGGGUUGGGAAUGGGCUGAGAGCUCCGAGGACCAGCCUGAGUCUAGGAGCCCAGCCAGGGCACCUGAGAACACCCCAAAGAGUACGAGCUGUCCACGCGGAGCCACCAAAGGCCAGAUGUUAGGACAAAGGGCAUAGAUAGCUAGCACCCCUGCCACCCCAGAGAUAAAAGGGUUCUAGGACCUUUGUGUCAGGAUGCAGGGGGAGAGAGGACAGAUAUGUGUCAUUGUUACAGCUGGGAUGUGAGGUGACCCCCGAAGCCUUGUUACAGCAGGAAUGCCCCAGGGUGAAAUGAAGGGGCUCAUCCUGGGGUGGAUGCCCUGGGGGUGGCAGUGGGCAGGUGGCACCUGAGCUGGAGGGUUGGCUCAUGGGGCUUCCCUGGAAGAUGCGCCCUCCCUGCACACCCUACCCUGACUCCCUGUUCCCCGACCCCACCGUUUGUGAGCAGUCCCUUCCCCCUGUGUCACCUGCCAUCCAUCCAUUCAUCUGUGGACUGAGACCUGAAACCUGAGCCCCAAGUGAACCUUCUCUCAGAUGUUCUUGUGGAUAUUUUGGUCACAGGGAAGCUGAAGCUGCAUAGCAGGGUCACAGGUGAGGGAGACGGGUAUCACAGCACCUGUCCCCCACCCCCAGGCUUCAGCACACAGAGGCAGCCUCACAGGGCAGCGGCCCUGUGCUAGCAAACAGAAGCACCUUCGUGGAGAAGCAUGUGCUAUGGAGCCAGAGCCCAGCUGGGUGUGAGAUGGCUGGCCAGGCAUCCAGGUGCGGGAGGCUGAGGAGGCCCUAUGUUUACCCCAACCAGCAGACCCCUCCCUUAGAGAAAGCAAACCUCUGGGCUCUGCCUCAGUGACAGGUAAGGAAUUGUUCUUUUAUUCCAGAAAACAUUUGAGAACAGAUCAAAGGAUAUUUCUGGCCUUGAGCUUAUCUGACUUUAGAAUGUUGAAGGACAAACUAAAUGGCCCAGAAGGUUCUUCUUUCUAUUUAAAAAAAAAAAAAAAA